AUGCUGAACAACAUGGUCGGAACACUCUCAAAACUUCGGCGUAUUGACAGGAAGCCCGUCCCCAGCAACCCAUCCGCCGACGACUCCCCAGGAAGAAUCAUCGGAUAUGCUUUGGCUACAGAUUCCUUGAGGCUUCAGACCACCGGACGGUACACAGUGGAGCUAGAGAUCUUUAUCAAGCCGGACCAUAAACGCCGAGGCAUCGGAAAAUGUCUCUUGGACAAACUCAUCGGAAUGCGUGACGCUACUUAUGUCCCCAAAAGGGGCUUCUUUUAUGUUGCCGGUUGCGAUGACAAGAGUUUCGCCAAAAGGGGCGCAAACACGCCUUAUUUGACCCACGAACAGGUUGAUGCGGCCAAAGGACUCGUACUGGAAGGAGUUACACUCAAACACGACCGUUAA